CCUGCGGAAAUGCCGACAGCUAUAGAAGACGUAUACCCGGGUUUGGCCGUCAACCCAUCGGCCGCUGAUGCGCCCGCGGGCCCCACUUGGUUCGGCGACGGCGGUGUCAAGCUGAACACCGCCGCCUGGCUGCAACACGGCGUCGACACGCCAGCGGUUCGCAAUGCCGCAGUCUGGCACUUCGAUUCCGCACCAGCCCCAUCCCACCACCUGUCGAACUACCCGACCGUCCUGGACAACUGCGACACACUGGGACGGCACUUCGAUGAGAUGUUGUCCAAGGGCUUGACCGAGGCGUACGACCCCGCCGUGCACGGGCCGCUGGAAGACUUCGCCACGGUCAUCAGCCCGCUGCACGUCGUCACCAAGGCCGACGGCGACCUGCGGCCCAUCAUCGACCCUACGCGCUCUGGGGUCAACGCCUGCAUGUCGCCGCUGCCCUGCCCGCUACCCUCCCUCUCCACCAUCCUCCGAGACCUGCCGGCAAACGGUGCGCUGGGCAAGCGUGAUGUUGCCUCGGCCUUCCAUCACAUCAUUCUGGACCCGUCGGCACGUCGCUACAUGGCCUUCCGGCAUCCCGUCACCAACGCCAUCCAGCGGUGGGUGGUGCUACCGUUCGGUGCCAGCCAGAGCCCCGCCAUCUGGGUGGAGCUUGCGAACGCCGCGUGCCGCAUCUUCCAAGACGAAUGCGACCGCCGCGGCCUCAACAUCAAAAUCCACGUCUACGCUGACGACUUCAUGCUGUUAGGAGCCACCCAUGACGACGUGGUAGCCGCGUUUGAGGUUAUGGACUCUCUGGGCGCCGACUUGGGGCUCGAGUGGAAGGCAGCCAAGGACGCCGGCCGUGACACCCACCUGCAGGAGAUUGAGUUCCUAGGCAUGUGGUUCGACUCGGCCAAGCUGGAGAUGCGCAUCUCGCCCUCCAAGCGCGAGCGCUACGCGGCUGACGUCCGGCAACUCCUCCAAGACGCCGCCUCCGGCGCCGUGCCACGCCGACACCUCCUGUCCGUCACCGGCAAGCUCGGCUUCAUCGCCCAAGCAUGCCGCUGGGGCCCCUCGUUCCUCCAGUCACUGUACGACGCGGCCCCCACCCCGUCGCCCCGGCUCCCGCCCCUCGUUCGCCUCACCGAGGAGGCCGUCGCCGACCUGCAGUUCUGGCUGGGGCUGCUCGACUGCGACCAUUCGCCCUGGGACGGAGUGCGCCGCUGCAUCGCCGUAGACCUCAACGUAGUGUUGGGGGAGUUUGAGGGCCCCGAAGGGGCGGUGGUCUACACCGAUGCCAGCGCAGCAGGAUUCGGAGCAGUAUGGGAAGAUGUGGAGCUUCAAGGCCCCUGGCAGCAGAAUGAGCGCGACGCCCACAUUGCGUGGCUGGAACUGAAAGCCAUCCUGCGGGCCCUGCAGGCCUGGGCUCCGGGGCUGGCCGGGCGGCGGGUGCUGGUUCGCUGUGACAACACCCAGGCGGUGGCCGCGCUCAACAGGGGCUCUACUCGCGUGCGGGAAGGGCGCGGACUGAUGCGACAGGUAGCAGAGCUUGCGCUCUCCUACCGGUUUGAGGUGCGGGCGCUGCACAUCGCGGGCGUGGACAACGGGCGGGCGGACCGGCUCAGCAGGCGGCUCGACACGGCGACGGAGCAGAACUACGUGCUGCUGCACGCACUCUACCGCGCCGCCUGCAAGGCCGCGCAACUCCAGCCGGAAGUGGACGGCUGCUGCGAUGUGCGGGGCCUCAACCGGCAGCCAGGGUGCGGCAGCUACUACAGCGCGGCGGCCUCAGUACUGGAGCAGGCGGACGCUCUGGCAGGCAGGACAGUGUGGGCGUUCCCUCCCCAGCAGAUCGUCGGAGAGGUGCUGGCGCUGCUGGCGGGGAUCCGCAGCUCAGGAACCCGGGCGCUGGUACUGGUGCCGGAGUGGCAAGAGAGAGGCUGGUUCAGGGAAUGGGUGCGCAGCCGGCAGUCGCCUUACCGGGUACUGCAAACCUUGCCAAUGGGGGGCUGCCACUUCCGGCUCCCCGGGGGCCGCCUGGCGGGACCUUCGCCGUACGCCUGGUUGGUGCUGUGCAUGAAGUAACGUAACCCGCCACCGCGUAUGGACACACCGCAGGCUGGCAGGCGGCGCCGGCUCCGGGGCCACCUGGCCGCUGCACGUUGUGCGCGGGCACAGUCGACGCUCUCGACCUAGAGUGCAGCGGUUGCGGGGACUGGUCGCACCGCCGCUGCCAAGGACUGGCGGCGGCGGCGUACCCCGGGGGCGUGUUCGUGUGCCGGCGCUGCCUGCUGGCGGAGGCGCAACUGGGCUGUGUGCCCGAUGCGGCACUGGAGGAGCUGGCGGGAAAGGCGGUGGCGGCGGCGGGCAGCGCAGUGGCGGAGUCAUCGGCAGAGACGUACCUGUCGCACCGCCGCCGCGUAGUCCAGUUCGCGGAGUCGGUACUGCGUAUUCCGGCACACGCUGUCUUCCCGCGCGGUCCGGGCGCGGACCUCAACCGCGCACACAUCUGCAUGUUCCUGGCCUGGGCGGUGCAGAGGUACGCCGUCAGCACCAUCGACGGCACGCUCUCGGCACUGUCGGACUGGCAACGGGCCCGGGGCGUCCCAGCGGCAGCAGCCAUCCGCCGAGACCCGAUGGUGCGGCGCCUCUGGGCGCAGCUUCAGCGGGAGGCCGCAGGAUCGGCGGCGGCCCAGCCCCAGAUGAAGCCGCCGUUCCCGAUCGGGCUGCUGGUUUGGCUCGUGGCUUGGCUGGGCACCACCAAUGCCCCGGGCUCGGCCGCGGAGCGGGGCCAGGACGCGUGCUGGUUGGUGCUCGGGUUCUUCGGCAUGCUGCGGCGCAGCGAGCUGGCCGGGCUGCGGCUGCAGGACGUGCGAGAAGUCCCAGGCGGGGGCGUGGAGCUGCUCGUCCGCCGUAGCAAGACGGACCAGAAGGGGGCGGGAGCGCUGGUGGCGUUGUCAGCGGAGUCGGGCAGCGGCGUACGAAUCCAAGCGCUUCUGGCGUGGCACAUGCGCGUGGCGGCCACCAGCGGCGCCCGCGCGGGCCAACCGCUGUUCACACGGCGGGCGGAAUGGGGUUUGCAGCCAGCGGGAAUGGCCAAGGGCGAAUUCACGAUGCGGAUGCGCUUGUUGCUAACGGAGGCGAUGCGGCAGAUUGGCCCGGGGGUUCGGGACCUGAGCGUGUAUACGGCGCACAGCCUACGGCGUGGUGGCGCCACGGCGGCCGCGGAGGGCGGAGCCACACUGGAGGAUAUCAAGGCGCAUGGCAGGUGGAAGUCAGACGCGGUGCGGCGUUAUGUGCAGCCGGGGGCGGGGGCGCGCAUGCGGAUUGUGGGCCGGAUGUGACCGGCCAACUGAGGGUGGGGGGAGUGGCCUCCGCAUGCGCCGAGAAGGGGUGCGGAACGCGCGAUCUCGCCGGCCGCGGCCGGCGGGGCAGCACGGCUCUUCCCCCACCCUGAUGUUGGCGUCUCCCCCGGGGGCAGCUUUAGUUGCGUGUUUUAUUGUGUGGAGAUGUGGUAUAGGGAGGGAGGUUGAGAAGCACGGGUGACAGUUGUGGGCCAGGCACGAUCGGAGACAGAGACGGAAGAGACACACAGGAGUGUGCUGAGACGGAUCAUGUAUUACAGUGGUGCAGACUUUCAACGUUUCCGGUCUGGGGAUCAAUAAGGCCGGAGAGCGCAGCCCAUUGCGAAGCAAAAUUUAGAUUUUGGACUGUGUCAAAAAUCAGGUUUGGGGGCGCCAAUGGGGCUGCCGAGUCCGGCCCAUGCGCGGGUGGGGACAUGGUGGCAGGGUUGGUUAGAGUAAGGGGUGUUGGUUUAAUUUUCAAGUGGUGUUUUAUUUACAGUCCCUCUAGCGGGCUUCACGGCGGGCCGAGACGGGUUCAGAGCCGCCACGCGUUGGGCCAGUGUGCCAAGAGUAGGAUCGAGUUAAACGUCUUUCGUAGCUGUACUUUCGGUGUGGGUAGAGAUUCAAGUUACCGGGGGUUAGGCGCGGCGUUGGCCCGUCUCUCGCUUCCCACCCGCCCACCCAGCGACAGCCGGGCGUAGACCUGGGUAGGAAUGGUGCUGCACCGGGGGGGAGUGGCCUCCGCAUGCGCCGAGAAGGGGUGCGGAACGCGCGAUCUCGCCGGCCGCGGCCGGCGGGGCAGCACGGCUCUUCCCCCACCCUGAUGUUGGCGUCUCCCCCGGGGGCAGCUUUAGUUGCGUGUUUUAUUGUGUGGAGAUGUGGUAUAGGGAGGGAGGUUGAGAAGCACGGGUGACAGUUGUGGGCCAGGCACGAUCGGAGACAGAGACGGAAGAGACACACAGGAGUGUGCUGAGACGGAUCAUGUAUUACAGUGGUGCAGACUUUCAACGUUUCCGGUCUGGGGAUCAAUAAGGCCGG